AUGGCGGAGGGGCUGCCGGGGGCGCGCGCCGGGGAGGCCGCCUGGGAGAUCGACGUGGAGAGCCUGGAGGAGCCGCCGCCGCCGCCGGGCCCCGGAGGCGAGGAGGAGCUGGCGGCGGGCGGCGGGGCGGCGGCGCGGCCGGGGCCUCCUGCCCCCCGAGGCGGGCCGGGCGCGGAGCCGUCGGCGCGCAAGCUGAGCCGCACGCCCAAGUGCGCGCGGUGCCGCAACCACGGCGUGGUGUCCUGCCUCAAGGGCCACAAGCGCUUCUGCCGCUGGCGGGACUGCCAGUGCGCCAACUGCCUGCUGGUGGUGGAGAGGCAGCGCGUCAUGGCCGCCCAGGUGGCCCUCCGCAGGCAGCAGGCCACCGAGGAUAAGAAGGGGCUGACAGGGAAGCAAGCUAACUUUGAACGCAAGACAGUGUACCAGAGGCAUGUCCGAACGCCCAGUUUGCUGGCCAAAAGUAUUUUAGAAGGUUAUCGUCCCAUUGCAGCAGAUCCCUACCUUGGAGGGAAUUCACCCUUGCCUCCUCCUGUGAGUGACAGGAUGAGAAAAAGGCGGGCUUUUGCUGACAAAGAACUGGAGAAUAUCAUGCUUGAAAGGGAGUACAAGGAAAGAGAAAUGAUGGAAGCUACCCAAGCUGCUGCCUUUUUUCUGCCUAACCAUAUGGGGCAUGGGUCUGAAUACAACUCUUACAAAACUGCCUUUAGCCCUAAACAGACUGAAGCUUCCAAUAAGGAGUUUUGCAACUUCUUGCCAACCUGCCUGGAUCUAACAAUGCAGUAUUCAGGUUCAGGGAAUAUGGAACUGAUUUCAUCAAAUGUGAGUGUAGCUACCACCUAUAGGCAGUACCCUUUGCCCUCCAGGUUUCUGGUAUGGCCAAAGUGUGGUCCCCUGAAUGAUGCCCUUCUCUAUCAACAGUGCCUUCUAAAUGCUACCUCAGUCCAAGCCCUCAAACCCGGGGCAGUCUGGGAUUCCAAGGCUUCAAAAGGUCAGGAUUGUCCAAACUCUGAAUGUGGCAUAAUGUCAUCAAAAACUGAAAACUCAUUCCUACUUCCUCAUGUGCGAGAAAUUCAACCAUCUCAAAAUGAACUCCAGCAGGUCCCCCAGGAGAAUCGUGAGAGAUCAGCCUUCUCACCUCCUAUGAGGACUUUCUCAUACAUCUCUGAAAAGGAUUCUCUGGCUGCUCAGGAACACUCCCUCAGCAAGAUCAACAAAGAAAGUAACUUACCUCCACCGCUGAAAUGUAGCCCAUUCCAUUCAUUAUUCCAGCAGGCGUUACAUAACAAAACAGGGCCUGAAUUAAAGACAACGCUUGAUGAGGAAUCCAAAAAGUACAGAGAAUAUACCCUCAAAGAGAACCAAAAAUACAAAUUUACCAUAGACAAAUAUGCAAAAGACAUUUUGGGGACCAAACAAGUUAUAACAAAACUGUCGACAAAUGAACCCCUGUCAUUUUCAGUUGAAUCCAUUCUCAAACGACCUUCUUCGAUGGUCACCAGUGUUACCCAAUAGUUAGAUAAUGUGAUCCUUAAAUUACCCAUAUUAGUGAAUUUGC